UACCUAUCUAAUAUCUUCAAAUUAUAUCUACUCGGCCUAUUCGAUCUAUUCAUAUCUCCGACAUAUUCGCCAUUCUUGCUUUUUACUGGACACACGACAGAUCAGGGCUUUUCUAGCCUCAGCCACUACCAGUUUGCCUGUUACCAAGUCAACACGAAAACAUCUACGAGGGGGCGCUUCUCGUUCUCUCUGACAGCUAGUGUUGGAUUCCGAUUUGGCUCACUUGCCAUAGCUGUAUGAUGGGUAGAAUCGAUGUCGUACGGCCUGGGCCAGCAGCCAUAUCACCGCCAAGUAGUACAUCCCAGCAACGCCAAAGGAGAUUCCGUACCAGCAAGCCAAAAGUAAAAACGGGCUGCAACAAUUGCAAACAACGACGUAUAAAGUGCGACGAGCUACGACCAUCAUGUACUCAGUGUCGUCGGUCUAGGAAAGACUGCGGGGGCUACCCGCCCCCUCCGCGAGCCAAAAUCUUCGAGGAGAUAAGAAUCGCGCCUAAGCCAGGAGCCGGUCAUGUCAUCUCUACCUUGCCUGAUAUUGCUAUCAGGACAACCCCAUCGCAAGCACCACAAACACCUAACCAUUCGGCACCAUCCUCGGCACUCUCACGGCUAGGGUCUCAAAGUGCAUCUGAAAGGGAUUAUACACCGCCACAGACACCGAGAAACAAUUCAUUGGAACUCUAUCGACCUUCCACGAUUUCCUUUGACUCGACCGAGGGUCAGUAUUUUCAACUCUUCAGGGAGCGUACAGCCGGGGAGCUAUCUGGAUUCUUCGACUCCUCUUUCUGGACCCGCAGUGUUUUACAAGAAUUCCAUUCAGAGGAACCGAUUCGACAUUCCGUCGUCGCUUUAGGGGCUCUGUACAAGACGCUGGAGAAUAUAUCAGAAUCGCCACCGGGCUCACCAACAGGUAUCAUUAAUCAAACUAGCAACGUACGUCGGCAUUGGGCGAUUGCCGUCCAUCAUUACGCUUUAGCAAUGAAAUUCAUGAGAGCUUCGACUUCUCAAGAUCAUGCAUCUCAAAGAACAAGCCUUAUGGCAACAGUGUUGCUGGCUUGCUUUGACUCCUUCGUUGGUGACCACAAGCAGGCGAUUUCGCAGAUACAGAACGGUCUCAAACUCUUAGAAAUGUUGCGUGCUCAACGUAGAAAUUCAUUUGUCUCCAAACCCGAAGAGCCGGUCGAGCAGGAUCUCGUUCAAAUGUUCACCCGCCUUGCUAUUCAAGCGAAAUCUUACGAUAUGGCCUUUCAUUUUCCUCGGCCGUUUGUUAUACGCCUCACUCCUGAAGGCAAUGCGUACCCUAUGUCUCCAACUUCUGACGGCGGAUCGCCAGUACUAACAGAGCAGUCGCCAAUCCCAGAGAUUUUUCCGUCUCUCAUCGAAGCGAGGCAGGCAUGGGACACAUUAUGCGAGUCCACGAUGCGAUUUACCGAAACCAUGUUUUCAGUUACAACAGCAAGGAGCCCUAUGGGUGUACUCCCCAAUUCGUUGAGGCAAUAUAGUAAAGGCUUCGGCGAAAAGCUCUCGGCCUGGUCUAGGGCCUUCGAGCCUAUACUUGUGUCUCGUUCCGCUCCCGCAAAGAGCAGCCAAGAGAAAACCGCGAUUGCGGUUCUGAAGAUGAAUCAGGUGAUGGGCGAAAUUUUAUUUUCUAUGACGUAUAGCGACACCGAGCUUCAAUUUGAUACAUAUAUUUCUCAUUUCAAGGAGAUCACCAGUUUAGCUAUGGAGGUAAUCGGAGACGAAGAGCGGAGGGCCGCCGCAAAACGAUGUCCGAAUCCGCAGUGGUGCCACCACAAUGCCGAUCAUCUAGACGGCUUCGAUGGACAAUAUACAGCCCGACACAUCAAACCUAGCUUUAGCGCGGACCUGGGAAUUGUUCCUCCUCUCUUUGUCGUCGCCACGAAAUGUCGUGAUCAAGCGACUCGACACCAAGCUAUUCAAUUACUACGGACUAGUUCGCGAAGAGAAGGCAUGUGGGACAGUGAACUUUCAGCCCGAAUAGGCAUGUGGGUUGCGGAAAUAGAGGAGGAAGAUGGCGUCGAUCUCGCGCGUCCGACAACGAGCUCAACCGAAAGAACCGACAGGAGCAGGGCUUCAGUGAGCCCCAGCACCAUAUCACGUGGGUCUUUUGACUUUGCCGAUGACCUUCCCCUCGGCCCGGGUGGAAAUGCUCGUUGGGACGGUAGGAGAGAGAGCGCAACUGUUUCGUCAUAUGCUAAGAGAAUUGUACCAGAAGAAAGGCGUGUUAUGGUCCGAUCCGUUGAGUUUGACCUUCGUAAACGGACUGCGUCACUAUCAUGUGGCACUAGGGGGCUUAUUCCUGGAAUGAAGGAUCCGCGAACGCGCACCACCAGAAUUGUAUGGUGAUGUCGGCUUCGCGAUUUUAACAAUUGGGAUGAUUUAAUACAUCAACGAAAAGUUGGUUUUACUGACUAGGUACCUACUUUAACCCUGGAGGGAUUUCACUUCUACUCGACACUUUCUGAGUUAUUGGCCGGGCCAUUCUUUCAACCUGUAGAACUAAGUACGAGAAGGAAAAGGUGUGCGAUGAUUAAUGAUGGGAAUACAGAGCAACACAAGAAACAAAAAAAAAAAGAGUCAAUGCCUCUCAAGUACCUAUAGCCUUG